AUGUCACCCACCACCGACCCCGCCAUUUUCCGCGCCCUAGGCCUUGACCCCAACUCGGCCUCCGCGAGCACCACCUCCCAUGGCGGCUCCGGCUUCUCCUCCACUUACAAGCUCCUCAGCACUGCCCCUGAUGGCCACAAAAGGACAUACUUUGUCAAAACCGGCACCGGCCCCGACGCCGCCUCCAUGUUCCUCGGUGAACACCACUCCCUCAACGCAAUCCACUCCAUCCUUCCCACCUUCUGUCCCCGGUCUUAUGGCAACGGGACCUUCUCAUCCAGCUCCAAUUCCAACCAGCACUUCUUGGUGACUGAUUUCCUUGACCUGCGCUCCAGCAGCGGCAGCCCUUCUGGGAGUGGUGAAUCCUUCGCUCAAAAGUUGGCCAAGAUGCACACCACCCCCGCCCCGAUCCCCGAGGGAUACGAUAAGCCCAUGUUCGGCUUCCCCGUCCCGACGUACUGCGGCGCGACGGAGCAGGAUAAUACAUGGAAAGAAGACUGGGCCGAGUUUUAUGCUGAUAACCGCUUGCACCAUGUGCUGAAAGAGGGCGAGAAGAAGAACGGGAAAAACAAAGAGUUGAGCGAGGCGGUGGAAGCGGUUGCGUCAAAGGUGGUGCCCAGGCUUCUAGGGGUGCCGACCAUAGGGAAGGUGACGCCGGUGUUGAUACAUGGGGAUUUGUGGAGUGGAAACCAGGGACGGGGUAGGUUUUCUGAUGGAGUUGGUGUUGAAGAGGUGGUGUAUGACCCGGCGGCGGUUUAUGGGCAUUCCGAGUAUGAGUUGGGCAUAAUGAAGAUGUUUGGUGGGUUUGGGGCCGGGUUUUGGAAGGAGUAUGGGGAGUUGGUGCCCAAGCAGGAGCCGAAAGAGGAGUGGCAGGAUCGGGUUGCUUUAUAUGAGCUGUAUCACCACCUGAACCAUUAUGCGCUGUUUGGAGGCGGGUAUCGGGAAGGCGCCAUGUCCAUUAUGAAGACGCUGAUUGCAAAGUAUGCGUAG